AUGAAUUUCUUCAACCCAUUUUCUCGACAAGGAGCUCAAUGGGCAUUUGUGGGCCGUACAUCGUCAUUUCCUGAUGUAGACGAUGAUGCAGGCAACUUGGCAAAACAUCGCUUGUGUAACGCAAAAUCAAUACCAGGCUGCAAAGCCUUUCACAUACCGAAGGAGGACGUCGCAGCCUCAAAAGAGGUUCCAAUUGGUGAUGAAUCCUUCUGGGAGUCACUUGUUGAUCAGGUUCUUGUGUUUCAAUACAAAGGCAAAUUUCAUGCAAUCGACCAUUCAUGCCCGCAUAGCCAAUAUCCUCUUUCGAAAGGCACGCCGUUUGAUAUUGAAGACUUUGGAGUUGUCCUCAGUGCUGGACUGUUAUGUCCGAAUCAUGGCUGGUCCUUUGAUUUGUUUACCGGCAUGUCAGAUCGAGGCAGCUAUAGACUUAAAACCUGGGAGGUCGAAAUCAGGGAUAUCAAAGAAACGGAAUCCACUGAUACAAAUGAGAAAGACGAAUUAUCGACGGAUAAAGAGGUUUGGGUGAGGAGGAAGCAAAGAAUAGGUUGA